GAAGAAUCAAUUGCUCAUAACAAAUAUUUGGCUCAAAUUGGAAUGGAAUGAUAUGAACCUGCGCUGGAACUCAAGCGAGUAUGGCGGUGUACGAGAUCUACGCAUUCCACCACACAGACUUUGGAAACCGGAUGUACUCAUGUACAACAGCGCCGAUGAGGGUUUCGACGGCACCUACGCCACCAAUGUUGUGGUCCGAAAUAACGGCUCAUGCCUGUACGUGCCGCCCGGCAUUUUUAAGUCCACCUGUAAAAUCGACAUCACAUGGUUCCCAUUCGACGAUCAGCGCUGUGAAAUGAAAUUCGGCUCUUGGACAUAUGAUGGCUUUCAGCUGGAUUUGCAAUUGCAGGAUGAAGCCGGCGGUGACAUCUCAAGUUUCAUAACGAAUGGCGAAUGGGACUUGCUAGGCGUGCCCGGUAAACGAAAUGAAAUCUACUAUAAUUGCUGCCCAGAACCUUAUAUUGACAUAACGUUCGCCAUUUUAAUACGACGGAAAACUUUGUACUAUUUUUUUAACUUAAUUGUGCCGUGCGUACUGAUAGCCUCAAUGGCACUGCUAGGGUUCACACUGCCCCCCGAUUCUGGUGAGAAGCUCUCGCUCGGAGUUACAAUUCUACUAUCGCUAACAGUCUUCCUCAAUAUGGUGGCCGAAACGAUGCCAGCGACCUCAGAUGCAGUGCCGCUCCUAGGAACUUAUUUCAAUUGCAUUAUGUUUAUGGUGGCCUCAUCAGUUGUGUCAACCAUACUUAUCCUCAAUUAUCAUCAUAGAAAUCCAGAUACGCAUGAAAUGAGUGAAUGGAUAAGAGUAAUAUUCCUUUAUUGGUUACCUUGCAUAUUGCGGAUGCAAAGGCCGGGACAGGUCGGCUAUGAGUGCCCACCGCCGCCGUCGUCAUCGAGCUCCUCCAAUGCCGGCGAUAAAAAGCACCAGAUGCAGAAUGUCGAACUGAAAGAAAGAUCAUCGAAAUCAUUACUCGCCAAUGUUCUGGACAUCGACGACGACUUCCGUUGUAACCAUCGCUGCGCCAGCGCCACGUUGCCCCAUCAGCCGACUUACUAUCGCGCCAUGUAUAGGCAAGGCGAUGACGGCAGCGUCGGUCCGGUGGGUCCCGUCGGCCCUGUCGGCCCGGUGGGCGAUGCGCGGAUGCACGAAGCCAUGUCGCACACCUGCCUCAGCUCAUCUGCCGAGUAUGAAUUGGCGCUUAUCCUGAAAGAACUGCGAUGGAUCACAGAUCAGCUGAAGAAAGAGGACGAAACGGGCGACGUAACGCGCGACUGGAAAUUCGCAGCGAUGGUAGUUGAUCGCUUGUGCCUUAUAAUUUUCACGCUGUUUACAAUAAUUGCCACUUUGGCGGUACUCUUCUCUGCGCCACAUUUCAUUUUCCCAUAAUUUGUGUCAAUGUCUAAAGUCAGGCAACUACAAAAACAAUAUUUGGUGCAGGCGAUAACGCAGAAAGCUACGAUUACAAUCAAGAAACUUUUAUUCGUCGUUUUUGUGUUUCAAUAGCAAAUGUCACCAGAGCGAUUUUCAACCUCGAACUAUGGAAGGAAAACAAAAACAAAACAACACAUGUAGCAAAAAAUGCAAAUAACAAAAACAAAAUGUGCCUCAGUCAACGAAAGAAAAAUUGUAAUUUUAUGCCGAAGUUGUAAAAAUUUUAGGUUUUUACGCAGUAAAUGAUAAGAGUAAAACGACAACACCCGUUACAAAUGUUAAUAGACUCUUGAAUUUUCUCCAACUAGUUUUGAUCCGUGAACCAAACACACAACAGUACAAUUUCAAUGAACUUCAAUUACCGCUAUUUCGCCACCAAACACCUAACAGUACGAUUAUAAUAAAGUGUUGGCUUCAUUUACCUCUAAAUCGCUUAACACCACAUCGAUGACUCGUUCUAAAUGGAUUCGGGAUUGAGAAAUUUUAUAAUUAUUCAAUUAUUGCUGCUUCUUGAGGCGCCCUAGAAGGUGCAGAAUUUUACUUGCCCACUUUUAAACAAUCUUUCUACAUAUUUGAUCAAACAUCGACAAAUAUUGGGGCUUUAUAGAGAACUAAAAGCACUUAAAUAUAUAGGCUCGCAUACUCUCAGCCAUGUUACAUCAUAUACUAUAUUAGUUUGCGAAUGAACUAAAUGGGUUGAGCGACAAAGGAGCACUCAGUGCUGAGGUGUUUGGUUCACACUCUGUUUUUUUUUCCUCUCUAAUUUCAUAGCUAUUUUUUGGUUGAACUAAGUUGAAUUGGAUAUAAGGAAAAAGGCAAUAAUUAAAAGUGAAUAAGAGUUCGCUGUGAUAAGUAAAAAAAUGCUGGAGUAAAAAUGUGAAUGAGGAAUUUAAUUCGCAUGUAGAAAAUGUCAAAAGUACACUGUAAGGUAUGUGUGUCUAACUCUAAUUAUAAAGCUAACUCGAAGUCGAUAAGCUGAGUACCAGGCAAGUGACAGCUAAGAGGCUUAUCAGUCAGUUGAUUGUCAAAUAGUGCGGAAACACUGUGUUUCGACGAUAUUCGCUUUUAUUAACCGAUUUCGAGUGGCUUAUACUUGGAAAUAUCACUUGACAUAUGAGCAUAGAGAAUGUGAUAAAUGAAAACGAAAGCAAAAUGUGAAUUAAGCGUUAAUAACUGUAUAUGUGGAAAAGAGUUGUGAAAAUUGCAAAGGCAUUUGCAGUCAUAAUUCUAACUAUGAUACAAACAAACAUACAAAAAAGAUUCUAAGUAUCAGCAAAUCUAGUAAAGUGCUUCAUAACUAUAUAGGCUAUAGAUUUACGAGUCUGUGCAAUUAACAUUACACUCAUACAAUACUUACUUCCGCGCGACUGCAGCAGUCGAAGUACUCACAUUUCUCCGCACUCUCUUUCAAGAGAUCGCUCAACUCAUUCUCUAACCGAACUCAAAUUGCCGACGUCGUAGGCAAAAGAGAGCAAUCUGCGAAAAUUCAAAUAUCUAUUGUACUUAAUAUCGAGAAAGUAUAAAGUUAACUAUUUUAUAAAGUAGAAAAUGGUAUAAGGAUAUUACCUAAGUACUUGUUAACGAGAAUAAUGCUCCAUAUACAUACAAUACAUACAAUACAAUAACAAAGAGAACACAAAUAAUAAUUUAAAAAAUAAAAGAGAAAACGAAAACAAAAGCAAAAAGCAAAAACCAAAAAAUAGAAAAUAAUAAUAAAAAGUUGAAAAUAAAAGCAACACUUACAUUUGAAACAUGCAAUCUAAUUAGGAGAUAUACUUAAGUCUAAGACACAAUUACGGUUGAUGCAUUACAUAGCAAUAAGUCGUUGAAUUACAUGCGUAGCCAAUUGUAUAUUACAAACGUUUUGAUGCAAUUUAAACAGCAAAAAGUUAACAAAUUUCGUGCGUAGACUCUACCCUCUAAGAUAUAUUAUAGAACACAGCGAGUAAAACAUGAUGAUCUAAGUCUAAAAAUGCAUGACAAUGCGCUAAAAGUCUUCAAUUAAAGCAAUCAUAACGAAAAUCGCAAUAGAAUUACAGAUAUAUGUGUAUGUAUGACUAUAUAGUGUACGCACUUUGAAUUUGGUUGCCAAUAAUACUCUGCGAUAAGCGAUUUUUUAGGUUAUUAAAUCGACGCUAGACACACAUCGGCUUAUUAAUAGUGAGAGAGACACUGUGGCUAGAAACAAAUUGAGAGUUUCGAGACGCAGAACACAGAAAGCAAGAGCAAUGUCUGUAUAGAUUAUUGUAUACCCAGAACCUGCAGUAUGCUUCCAAAAAGACCUCUCAGCUUCGCUUUUUUUGCUCGCUAUUUAACAAGCUCUGAGCACUUCAGUAAUACAUAUGUAGUCAGGAGUAUUUUGACAGCAUAAUUUUGCCUUCCCGCGCAACUGUAGCGCAGAUAAUACAUAAAUUUGAAUUAAACCAACAACUAUGGCCUAGAAACGUAGGCAUACAUACACACAUAUUUGUAUGGCAACAUUCUUGCAUUUGCAUUGGCAAACGAUAAACAAUAAAAUUUCUAUUCACUGAACGUUAGCAUAGUUAUAGGCGCAGCAACCAUUUAUCUACCAUACGCAUACUCACAAAUAUAGUUACGAAUAUAUACAUAUAUACAUAUUUAUAUAAAUAGCGAAUUGGAAAUUAUUUGUGUCACAUUGACAUGCUUUUGUAUCGACAAACAAAUAGCCAAAUACAUACGUACAUACCGUACAUAAAGUUAGUGUUACAAAACAUACGUACAUACCUACAUAGUAUAUAACGGUACAUCCAUAUGCAGCAAAUUAGAGAAGCAACAAGAGCGCUAGGACUAUAAAAUAUGAGCAGAAACUUUAGAUAUAUGCAUACAUUAACAAAUAUUACUUGGCAAGUCGCAGUCAAUAGAUAAAUUCAACAGUUUUAGCAUGAUGCACACAUGUGCAUCUCCAUAACCGACACAGCAACGCAAACAUAUGUGGGCGCUUCGAUUGAGUGAAGACUCCACGUUGAAGCGGAGCUUUAGUUUAGACCAGCGCGGUUAUUUUUAUUACAAUUAGACGAAGAGACAAUUAGCUAGUAAAUCGAAAAUAUUCAAUCACGAACACAUUUGUACAUACACACACACACACACGCUUGCACAGAGUGGCUUCGUCAUCGCUAACUGCUGAAGCUCUUCGCAGCGAUCCACCGCCGCCUGCAACACUUCCGCGGCUAUGAGUUUGUAAAUACCCCCGCAACCCACGCGAGUUCCCCGCCCCUUCCAUGCACACACACACACAACUGCACAGCAACAGACACCUACAUUUAUAAACGUACAUAGUAUAUAUAGAUUUGAAGAACACAAUGACAAACCGGCAAAAUUGCACGCGAAAGUGCAAGCAAAUAUGGAAAUUUGAAUGCGAGAAAACAAUGGUCUUCCUUAAAAUUAAAUUGUAACAUAGGCAAAAGUAAGCGCAUAAUACGCAAUCAAAACCAAAUAUAGACAUACAUACGUACGUUAUGCGCGUAGUUAAGUAAUACAUACAUAGACGUAAGCAGCAAAACGUAGAAACUCGUUUAGAGUUUCAAUUUCAGUUGAUAAGUUUCAUUAAAUUAGGUGAAAGAGCGAUAUGGAAUAGAACAUUCGACAACCUUACUAUAUUUUGCUAGACACCCGAUUGACGCUGUUAUUGAACAACCCUAGCAUGGUAUGACCUCCACACUUUCUCAUACACACCCCGUCGGAAGAAACGCGGCUACAAUGUGGGAAUCUCGUGAAAUGCGCAGAAAAGAAAGAUUUUGGGUUCCACGCUCAGGGUACAAGGUACACAGUUAGGCAUGAUUAUAGCUACCAAAAUUAUUUAUUAGGAAAGGUCUAGAGCCAUUUUAAAUGAAGACAACUUUCUAUCAAAUUUUUGGACAUUUGAUACUAAAAUGAUUUAAUUUUGGCAAUGAGACUAAAUUCCUGCUUCCGAGCGGCUACUAAGGCUAAUAAAUGCGCAAAUACCGGGCUGGGCGAAUGACAUGACGAAGAGGGUUGCCCCUUAACUUGUUCGCUUUUUGCUAAGUGUAGAGCUAGAACAUAGAACAUAGAAUUUGGAAGUCACUUACUUAAAAGAUUAAAAUACAAUAAUCUAUAAAAGUUUCACAUAUAAAAUAUGAAAUAGGAUAAAAAAUAGGAAGAAAAAAUGCCAGAAAUUAUAAAAACGCCCUUCCUUUAUUGGACGGUGCGAAUUGGCUGCGUAGAUGCAUAGGUGCCCACUUAUCUACACUUUCUGCAUGAAACGUCGUUACUUAUGCCAAUCGGGCUCGCAUAUGAUCCCAGUAGACUGCGAGCUGUCAAGAGCCGAGCAACCUAUCAAGAGGCCAACAGUCGUCUCGGGUCGGGUCGCCUGAAAUCUGGAUCCAACUCCCUUAGACAUUUUUGAACCUUCUAUCAUAUACUCCUUCUUUUAGUUUGACCUAGUACUGUCGACUAGAUGUAUCCGCUCUAACGAUUUUCUAUUUGAACUUUAGCUUACAGCCUUCCCCACCACACCUAAGCACCGUAAAGCAAAUUUGACUUGGCUACCGCCAUGUCACCACAAUACAUAAGGCCAGAUGAUAGACUCCAUCUAGACCAUAGCAUCUUCUUACAUGCAUAGAGGACUCCACUGGCAUUUAAAACUCCCUACCCCACGUUGAGUCUUCAUUUUGUUUCAUCAAAUAAGUAAAAAUUUCAAAAUUGCAUGACUUUCCUUACGAAAUUUUAGUUAAUAUUUUUACACUCCUCACUCUCUCCCUGUAUGGGAAUCUGAAUUGUCUUGUAUAGAAAAAAUGUAGUAUGGAAAAGCUCAAAGGGGAACUAGAUUUCCAAACUCCCAGCCGCCCUGCCAGUCGCAAUUUUUUUGAGUUGCCGUACGGAAUUCUUCUUUGCCCAUCUCCAAUCGGGGGCUAAUUUAUGUGUGAAACCUUGGACCACGAUGCAACGAGGUGAAGGCGAAACCAAAUAAAUAGCCUCUCGCCCAACUGUAACUAUUUCUAACAAAGUUUCGAAAUGAAAACAAGGUACAACAAAAACAACAGCAGAGCUUUCUUAAAGCUUCUUUACUUAACCAGUUAGACUGCUUAAUUGAAUUGCUUGAAACUUGAAAAAUAAAUAAACAAAUCAAAAUUGAAACACGUAUGCAAACAUAUCUUAUAACGGUAAAUGCGUCAGCGACAAUACGUCUAUAUGUUUAGUUUAACUGUUUUCUAUGCCAAGUAAGCAAACAUUAAUGACAAUCGUUUUGUUUAUAAUCAACCAGAGGUUUCCGACUUAUUUCGUGGCCGCCGCGCCACGCAUCUCUUUUAUAAAACCCGUUUUUUUUGUAAAAAAAAACACUGCAAAUCUUGAAGUAAUUGCAGGGCCAACUACGAAUUUCCAUUGAUUUAAUUAGAAAACUAUAAAAAAAUUAAUUAAUUAUAUAUACAUACAAACACUAAGUAGUAGAAUGCCAAGAACCUCAACUAAAUUCGGUUUCUUCUUCAACUACGUAGAGUUGGCAACUACGAAGACAUGACGCAGAGCGCGACUAAGUUACGAAUAUCUUAAGUGUAGUAAAUCUAGUACUUAAAUACGCAACAACUAAGCGCUUACUGGCACAUACACAUCCACACAUCCUCAACACACACAACUACUAGCUCGCACAUUUGCCAAACGCAUUUCGACUUCCCCCCAUCCACCUCACCCUAAUCCCACGCAUUGCCGCUUCGCAGACUUCCCUUGGUCUUACAUUGUUACAGCGUUGAUAUUAAGUAGACUAAGCCACACAUACAUACAUGCAUAUAUGCUCGUAUAUAAGUAAGUGAGCUGUAAGUGCAUACAGGCCAAACGCUUCCAGCUGCUUUCUGGCUCCCUGUGCGGUGCGGUGCGGUGCUUUCCGCCUGCACACACACGCCUAAUUGGUCUAAAGCUACUUACUAAAACAAUGAAAAAUACUAAUUAUUAUGCUAAAUAACGGAUAAUGAAACGGAAAUGCUACAACAGUUCGUAUGUAUGUAUACAAUAAUAUUGAAAUGCAAAAACCCAAAUGACAACAACAAAACUGUGUAAAGCAAAUAUCUAAAUUAAAUAUGUAAGCGAAAAUUUUAACAACAAUAAUAGAGAAACACAAAAAACGAAGCAUUUUAAAAACAUAAUUAAAUAAAUGAAAACAAAACCAAAAAAACAACAACAAAAGCUGUUCAAUAAUUUGCGACCCACAAAUAACAUGUAAACAUGCAAGUCACAAUUUCUCACAAAACAGCAAAACUUACAAAAAUACAUUUAUGACUUUUUUCAGUGGUUACACACGCAAUUAUAACGGAAACUCAAAACAAAGCACGCAAAUUAAAUCGAAAACCCCCAAAUUUCCACAUAAGAAAUGAUAAAACAGUUUUCGAAAUUUUAGUUUACACGAAAAUUAAGAAGCCUCAUUGCUUUACGCGUUACAGGCUCUUCUGUUGCAAUCCAAAUCUAGUCCGAAUCUGUUCGUGUUUGCUGCCUUACCUUCUGUGGUAAAGGUGAAGCGCUCAAGUUCAGAGCAACGGAUCACUUGACUUGACUUGACUUGACUUCGUAGUCACAAAUGGCUUGUUCUUUAAUUUUGCCCGUGUAACGCUAACACCGUUAAUCAGACUUUUGAUUUAGCGCCGAUAAUUCUAAGCAACUUAUUGAAUUAACAGAAACUUUAUCCUGCUCACAUAGUAAACUCUAGUCCGCCAAGUGGAGGGACAGUACCAAUAACGCUUCCAAAUCUUUUUUUUUGUUUCAUGUAUACGAAUUAAAUGAAAUUGCUUAAAAAUAAGAUAAUCGAAGAAACCCAAACACCUACAUAUUCUGCGAUCCGAGAGCUCAGUCGCUGAAAAUCGGAACCGCAAGCCGUUUUUAUGAAAUAGUCAUAGUAAUAAUUUUAGAAAACACCAAAACUCGAAUAGAAAACGAAAAAGAAGAAGUAAUAAAAAAUAACCUCAAAGUUAAAAAAUAAAAUAAGCAUAAAACCAAACAAAAUGCAAAUUAAAUUCAACAAUCAACUAUUAACAACAAAUGCAUAAACAAAUAUGGUUGUAAAAAUUAGACAAAUUAAAUUUGAGAAACAAUAUAAACUAGAAGAGUGAAGCAACAUACAAUAUAUUAUAGAAUAUCAGACAGGACCAGCAAAAUCAACAAGCUAUACUAUGGUUAAAGAACAACAAGUCAAACACUAAGUUAUUGUAUUAGCAGUAGAACAUGCAUACAUACAUACAUAGUUUUAAUUUAGGCUAAGCUAUAAGGUAAUACAUUUCAAUUGCGGUGAAAAGGCACAAUAAAAAUUUAAAACGCAGCAAA